AUGGGUGGGCCAGCCGCCGAUGCCUACGGCCGACGGCUCGCAGUACUUUUGGCCUACUUUGGCUUGGUUGUCUGCGGCCUUUGCUCGGCCAUCAGCGUUGGGCCAAUGUCCAUGCUCGUAGCGCGCUUCUUCUUCGGGCUCUUCUACGGCUUCGGGAUGGGCCCCUCCCUGACCUUGCAGGUUGAAAUUUGUCCAAAAGCCUGGCGAGGGCACAUGGUCAACGUGAACAACUUUUUCUUCACCCUAGGUGAGGUCUACGCUGCCUGGCUUCUCUGGGCCUUCUUGAAAGACCUGAAGCAGACCAGCGAUGAGGAAAGCUGGCGCUACGUCACGGCACUGGCCGUCAGUGUCGGCCUUAGGCCUCAGGCGCAAGCCAGCGUGGAUGGUUUCUGGCCGGGAAAGAUUUUUCAAGGAACAGUUCUCGAGAAAACUGCCCACCGGCUUGCGCAGCCAUCAGAUGCUUGA